UGCGCGUUUUUAUGAAACCCACAUCUGGCAAGUUAUUAUGCUGUUGCGUUUGUAAGAUGGGAGGGCUGCGUCUGAGGAAUGAAAACACAUCUCUUGAAGGAUUAUAGCAAUUAUAUGGAUUUCAACUUUUUUAUAAAUUUAUUUUAACCCAGAUUUUUUUUUUCUUCAAAAUAUAAGGAUGUGUAUCCGUCCCAAGGGAACGUUUGGAGAUUUGAAACUGGUGUUACGUGAUUUUUGUUAACGAAAGGCGACUGACCUCCGGUCCAUUCGGAACGUGUGUAGCUCAUUUAAGAAAGAAGAUGGUUCUUUAGCAUCGAAUGAAGCAGUCGUUUGUAUGGACGGAAAAUUUGUGGCACUGAGUGAGUCGGAUUAAAUUGAACUCCAUGAAUUCAUCUCGCAAGGCCUCGGUGUUUUGAAAAUAGGGCGCGCCGUAGUUAGCCCAGUGUUGCCUUUCUUUGGUAGAUGGGGAUUUGAUUCUAUUCCACUGACUUUUUUCAUAGUAUGUAUAUUAAUUAGUAAUUAAGGUACUGUCGUUGCAAUAUAUUUUUUCGAAGUCUAGUGAUCCUUAAUGUUUAACAGGUAACGGGCUUCGACCUUAGUGUUGCGCGGAGCAUUGUUUUCACAGCCGCUUUGGUCAACUGUCCAUGAACUUUGAGGAAUACCUGAUUUGCCUUUAUAGCCUUUAGUAUCUCUAAUAACAGGAAGGUUUUGAUGACAAAGCUACACGCCAGUACAGUCUUCACGUUUUAGACUGAGAGAAGAGGUGACAUACAGAGAGCAGAUAUGUCAGGACCGGCAAAAGACCUGGCCGAGCUGGUCUGGGGAAAAAGAACUGAUAGCAGCUUGACAGAUACCGUAUUCUGCCGGUGGACCCAAGGAUUUGUUUUCAGUGAAUCUGAACCAACAGCUCUUGAACAAUUUGAAGGUGGUCCUUGUGCUUUGAUUGCACCUGUCCAGGCUUUUCUUCUGAAAAAUAUUUUGUUCAACAAUGAAAACUCAAACUGGAGGGAGUGUUCAGAGGAAGAAAGGAAAGCUGUUCUGUGUUACACUUUAUGUGAGAUUAUGGAAACUGCUUGUUUUAAUAAAUCUGAGUCCUUCUGUCUGGUGACCUGGGCAAAAGGAAAAACCUCUGAAGACAAUGCCAGCAUUUCUGAAACUCCCCCAGAGUCCAGUCAGCGUUUAGAAGAUGAACAACCAUCUGCGCUGGCUGCAGAGGAGUUUGGCUUUGAACAAUUUCAUUCAAAUAUUCAGAAGCAGACAGUGAAGACUAUUGGAGAGCUGAAGAAAGUAGUUCUGGAUCUUUAUGAAACAUGGAGGAAUAAAUGUGGAGUGCUGCUUUUCCUUUAUUCUGUUAUUUUAACAAAGGGUAUUGAAAAUAUUAAGAAUGAAAUUGAAGAUUCAACAGAGCCUUUGAUAGAUCCUGUGUAUGGACAUGGAAGUCAGAAUCUAAUCAAUCUGCUACUGACUGGUCAUGCAGUGUCAAAUAUUUGGGAUGGAGACAGAGAAUGUUCUGGAAUGAAAUUGCGUGGAAUUCAUAAUCAGGCCACUAUGGGCUUCCUAACAUUAAUGGAGUCUCUUCGGUACUGUAAGGUUGGAUCUUUUUUAAAGUCACCAAAAUUCCCUAUUUGGAUACUUGGCAGUGAAACACACCUUACUGUUUUCUUUGCAAAGGAAAUGACUCUAGUUGCUCCUGAAUCACCAUCAGAACAAGCUAGAAGAAUUUUUCAAACAUAUGAUCCUGAAGAUAAUGGAUUUAUUCCUGAUACAUUACUGGAAGAUGUAAUGAAAGCACUAGACCUUGUAUCCGAGCCUGAAUAUGUUAAUCUCAUGAAGAGUAAGUUAGACCCUGAAGGCCUGGGUAUCAUAUUGCUGGGACCAUUCCUUCAAGAAUUUUUUCCAGAACAGGAUUCUGGAAUACCAGAUUCAUUUCCUGUGUAUCACUAUAAUGGGCUGAAGCAGUCAAACUUCAAUGAAAAGGUUAUGUAUGUGACAGGGACGUGUUUAGUUUUGGGCUUUGAAGAUCCAAUGGUCCGCACUGAUGAUACUCCAAUCAAACGCUGUCUACAGACCAAGUGGCCAUAUAUCGAACUUCUGUGGUCCACAGACCGCUCUCCAUCAUUGAAUUAACCUUGAAGCCAGGAUAACAAAAAAAUCACAGAAAGGGAAAAAGUCACAAGCUUUAAAAAUGUUGUGGAAUUUGGAAGUGUAGGUGUGCAGGCUCGAGCAGGUUUAAAAAGCCAGAUGCCAUGUCUAAGUUACAUAAAGAUGUGUUUUAUUUGCCAUUCUGUUGUUUUAAUGUGGUUGCUUGUCUCCCAUUCAAAGUAAAAUGUUACAUUCUGUAUUUUUUUAAUAAACUCAACCUUGGAAGAUUUUGUUAUUAUUCACUAUGUAUUUUCUGUAUACACUGGUAUUCUAACUUGAGUCAGGCAUUUUUACAGAACACUAGACAGAUGGGGUUGGACUUCUUUCUUUUUUUCCUCCCAAAAGUAAUAGAAAAGCAAAAGAAAAGGUGAUCAGUUUGAAUGUCUAUAUUAAAUGGAUAUCAAAGGAUAUGUGUUUGCCCUUUUAACUGGUGGUCAGCCAGCACAUUGGUUGUGGUAAUUUCAAAAGUAAAAGUUUUUAAAUUGGAGAACUGGGUCCACAUUGACCUCACAGCGCACACCAGUUGUGUCAGCCUUGUAGAUAUUUUUGUGUCAUGUUUUUUUUCCCUGCACGGCAAAUUCUCAGGCACGGCAAAAUGCAUUUUGUAUGAACCAAAAAGCAGGGCUUUCUUUAAAAUAAUUUUAUAAAUGCUAAAGCAGGCAUCUGUGCUGGUGUUGGAUCUAGAUGGUGAAGCUGUGAAGCUAAGAGUUGUUGCAUGGAAAGGUUCAUGUGUCUUUCAUAAUUUAUAUAUAAUAUGCAACUGGAAAUGGUUAGAAGAUAUAAUGUGAAUUUUCACCCAGGGAAAAUUGCCAAAACAACAUUUUUUCUAAGUUGCAGCAUCAACCAAGUCAAAUGUAUAUUUAUUAAAGUGCUUUGUGCAUGAUAAAAAUAUGCUGUUAACACAUCCACGACUGUAACAUCAUUUUAUUUAUUAAGAUUUAUCUAAAAUAAAAGUUUUGUUUUUCC